AUGGGUGCGGAUGUGGACAGUGGGGGAGGGGGCACUCCGCGGGUGUUUGUGCUCGGACACAGGUCAGUGGUGCGAGAGGGUUGCCUCGCUGCCAUCAGCAUCGGCGCCUUACUCACACAGUACUCAAGAAACUACUCUCCCUUCGUCCCUCCCCAUCCCCCACCUGACCCCCCACCCCUUUCCAGCGUUGGGGCCUUCGUCAUGACAUCAGUGGUGCGAGAGAAAUGUCUCGCUCUCAUCAGCAUCGGCUCCUCACACAACAGCCUCGAGACCUCCUUCCUUCAAUUCCCAAGGCCCACGCUCACCAUUCUUGGUGACAGAGACGGCCAGGCUCCUCCAAUUGCCAUGGCGCUAGCAGUCAAGGAGCUGGACCCUGGAUCCUCAGGUGUUUGUUCAGGUGCUUUUUCAGGUGAUUCUUCAGGUGGUUCUUCUAUUGCUGCUGCACCACCUGGCAGCGCGACGGCAGCAGCGCUGGGGCCACUGCUGUCGAUAGUCCAGAAGCCGGUUGUGAUUAUAAAGGGGAUGAAUCAUGCACAGGGGGGGAACGGGGUGGUGAACCGAGAGAGGGGCGACCUGGAGGCAUCUCGACCAAUCGAGGAGGUGCUGGAGGAGAUUGGGCGGCUGGUUUCGGCGUUUAUGCUUCUCCACAUGCACUCAGACAAUGGCUGGGCUCCAUUGCUUCUGGCGGGCAGGGAGGGGGUGAGUGGAGGAGUGGGAGGGAUGGAAAGCGAGGAGGAGUGUGUGGAUGAGGCACAGGGGAGAGCGGUGAAGGUGCUGCAGGGGGCAGUGGAGUGGUCGUUGGAGUACCUACGACCAGUGUGGAAGGCCCUGGAGAUGGAAAGGGACGAGCCUCGCCACGUGCUGGACGUCAUCCUCUCCCACGCAGGCCUCCCCACCACUCUCCCCUCACACACCAUCUUCCACGCCUUCCUGCCCGACUUCCUCCGCUCCAAACCCGCCCUCCUCACGUCCACUGGGGGCUCCCCCCAAGUGGACUCGUCUCCUCCUCCCACCGUGCUGCAGUCCGCAUGGCUGCAGUCGCAGGGUAAGUUCUGGCCGUGCCAGCCGCACACCCUGUGGGUCAAGUGCAAGAGCGCCGCUGCUAUCGGAGAGGCUCUUGGUUUGGAGGUUGCGGGAGCAGGGGGGAACACAGGAGUGACGCCGGCGGUACCAGCAGCAGCAGCUGCAGCCGGAGCAGCAGGAGCAGGAAAGCCCUCCCUUGAAGCUGCGUUUACUGCAUGGGCGGCAGCUGCGCCAAUGGAAGUGCGCCAUGUGGCGGCGUCGAUCAACGAGGCGGCGAUGCAGUGGGCUCUGGAGAUGGUACACCCGCAUGCGAUGGAGAGGUACGAAAGAGACGGGAAGAAGGUGGUGUUUGGGGAGGAUAGGAUCGUGCCGAUUGAUGAGUGGAUCAAAUCUGAUGUGGAGUGGUUACCUAAGGAGGGCGUGAAGGAGGGAGAUACCGGUAAGACUGAUGAUAAGGAGGGAGGAGGAAUUGGAGGGAGAGGGGUUGUGGUGGUGAGGUCGCCUGUUUUGAUUACUGCUGAUGAGAUUCUUCCUGCAGAGCUGAAGGGGAGGUUUGGAGGAAUGCAUUAUGUGAAGGUGAUUACUGUAGCUCGUGCCAUGCAGUGGAUCAUGCUUGAUGCUUUUAGCGGUUCAACAGGAGGAAUGCGCGACGUGCCGCAGUGCAUAAUUAUUGCAGCCGACACCUCAAACCUAUGCUACCCCGCGUGUGCGCGUUGCACGCGCUCGCUGUCGGAGUACACCGUGAGGGGCCAGCAGGUCGCCACGUGGCGUCCGUGGCCGUGCAGCGAGUGCCAGCUGGCGGACCGCUCCGCGAAGCCCCUUGAGACGAUCGAGCGGCAGACACAUCUGUUCAAGCUCAAUCUGCUGUUGGUGCUCCCAGGGGAGUCCCAUCCAGUGUCCGUUGUGGCGUUUGACAAGGUGGCUCAGACCCUCAUCGGCUGCACUGGCUCCCAGUGGACCGCCUUCGUCUGCAGAUACCCCCAUGCAGCAUGUGUGUUGUCAGAGCUGCUGUGUGGCAUGGUGUGCCGCGUGCAGAUGAGGGACGCCGUGCGAGGCACAGGCCACGAGACCAGGCUCACUCGCAUCGCCCCACUCCCCCUCCAGCACACAUUGCACUCCCCGGCUCUCCCGUCACACUCGCUCCCACACACCACGGAAGCAUGUAGAGAGAGUACGAGAUUGCAAGAUGCACGCGAGAGGCUUGCUCAAGAAUUGAUUGAUUUUCCUUUCCUCUAUGAAUCAGCUGUCUUGUCUUAUCAAUUCAUAAGCCUCAGCGCUGCGCUAGUGAUUAUAACCCAUUAUUGCGAGGUGGAGAACAAUCGUGAUGAAAUAAAUGCCAUCCUUUUGUUUUCUUGUCUGGUUAAUGCCAAACUAUUGCAAUUCUAG